CAUUCCUCCUACAGCCGACACCACGAUCAUGGCUACGUCUCCCGUCAAAGAGUUCCUGGUUACCUAUUUAAUGCCAGAAAAAUGCUAUGAGGAGCUUUUCGUCAACUUUCACUUGCACGUGCCGUGUCUAAAGUUUGUGCUGAAUAAAAUCGCUGGAUUUUGGAUCUUACUGGACACAUUCCUGGCACAGAUAACACAGCUGCUGAAGAUACUGUGGAGAGGAAGUGCAGACGGCCUGAGUCUGCCCUCUGUCCUGCUACAACUUUACGCUUUCUCAUGUCCUGUUGUGUACGCCAUGGCCAACAACUUCCCACUCUUUGCCUGGGCUGAGAGGCUCUUCACGUUGGCCCAGACAUCUGCGAUUGUCUUCCUCAUCCUGCAUUAUCGUGGUGACACUCUCACAGGACUGCUGUUCCUAUUGGCUUACAGUGGUGUAAUGUUCCUCCUGGGCUCCUACGCAGCUGCAGCUGUGGUCUCAGUGAUGCAGGCAUCCAGUUUGGCAGCUUUAAUUACAAGCAAGGUUCUCCAAGCUGGAGCUAACUACUGUAAUGGCCACACGGGCCAACUGUCCACUCUGUCUGUGUUUCUAACGUGGGCAGGUUCUCUGGGUGUUGUCUAUGUCUCUCUACAGGAGACAGGAACCUCAUUGGCUACUCUGCCAAACAUACUGUCAGCCUGUCUUAGCUGUGUCCUCCUGGCCCAGGUCCUCUGUUACAGGAGCAGCACCGCAACUAAAAAGAAGAGUGAGUAGAGGCAGAGGGUGGUGACGAAUCACUUCAUAUGCACAUGUGUCUUUAAGAAAUACUGUGACUCUGUGCUACAUGUUGGCACAUCAGUAACUGAAAUACAGAGCUGAAAUAGCAGAGUAUGUUUACAGUGUUUUUAUGUGCUUAGGUGCCUGUGUGCUACACUCUGUUCUUUUAAUAGCUUAAUAGUUUAAUAGCUUUAUGCAAUUUAAAGUUCAGUUUUACUGUUAGUUUCCUGUUAUUACAAGUGGAGGGAAUUUAAAAAAUAGUUUGUCGCCAUCUAGUGAUGUAAGUAAAAACUACUUCACUCUUUUCGGGGAAACAGAAUUCAAUGGAAGCGGCAAGUGACUGUAAAAUAAAUCAUUCGGUUCAUGGGUGUAUCUAAAGUGGCUCUGUUACUGUUUAUGAAUUUGCAUUCAUUCAAAUUUUCAGAAGCAAAAGUUUACUGCUUUCAUUCUAGGUACAAACUGACUGACUGACCCUCCACAUCUAGUCUCCAAACAUUUUCAAAAGACUCUCACCAGUCCUUUCUAGUGCACAUAAGGGCUUUAAAACCGGGGUGAGGCGCAGUCAUGUGGCAAGCAUUAGCAAGUAAACACACAGGCUUCAGUCAGAUCAGGUGAUGCCAGCGAUUGGUUCCUUCCUGUGUUUGAGGGAACACCCUGCUGAUGAAAUAUUCAUCUUGUGUCUGAUUUGCUGUUUGCACUGCAGACUGGGAAAAUGUCUGUGCCAACCCCAUAAUGGUAAUUCCAGCUGGAAAAUUGGAAUUUUUGUGGUAGCCUCUGCUUUUACUAUUUUGCAUCAUAUGAUUCAUUGUUUCUCUUAUAGCCCUUUAAAAAUAUGUGACUUCAUUUGUAGAAAAAACUAAAUCCUUAAGUAAUAAGUAUAUCAGGCUGCUAUGCAGUUUUUUUUUAUUUCAAAAAAUAUUUUUCCAGGUUUAAUGAGCGUAACUGCUGUUUCUUACUUACACAGGCAUUUACACACAGUUCAGCUUUGUCUUGUCAGCUACUGAGCAGCUCACUGGAGCAGUUGCAGGUUAAGUUUCUGUCUGAGGGCCUAUUUAGGGAGGAGUGUUAGUCAAUAAUUUCUCUGCUUAGAUUUUUCCUACAGGUUUGACAUUGAACACCAUCAACCUUCACAAUGAGUCACAAUGAAGGUAAAUAAGGGAAAGCUUCAUGAAAAAGAACUAUGAUAGAUCUAGUAAAUCAAUUUACCUACAUGUUGGUAAAAAUAUCCAGGGAGCUGUUUGAUGUUUUUAGGUUUCUUUCUAAGCACCCAAUUUCGAUGGAAGAACCUUUUCAUGAAUGAGGCCUCUGGACUGGCCUCUGAGGUUCAAGUAUUUCCAACCACUCCGAACAAAAUGUCCAGUGUUUCCUUGUAACACUCCAGAUAUGUGCAGGAGCUCUGCCAAGACCCACUCAAGUGACUGUGGCUGCACACACGCAACAAGGACACAUUAACCUUGUUUCCAUCCUACAGAACACAGACAUACAUGUAGUGUUUCAUAUUCAUAUUUUAUGGAUUUUCUAACCUGUUGAACUGUACUGUGAACUAAAUUUAAUGAUACUUUCAAAUUUCAUAUCUGAUCACUUAGUAAAUAAAAUGAUAUGUUGCUACAGAACACAGGGAUUUGAAAGAGAAAGUAUACAGAAACAACAGAGCUAUCACCUUCAUUUAUGUCAAGACUGGAAAAAGCGUUUGUUAUCUGUGUGUACAUAAAAUUCUCCUCCUCCAACGUUUCCCUCUGGGAGUCAUGUUAC